AACGGCUUUUUGGCUUCUUUGCCUUACGGGUGUGAGACGCACUGGCCGCCAUUGUUAUUGUUUUUGUUGUCGUAACUGAAGAGUCAAGACGACCCAAUUUGGGUUUUAUAAUCCAAUACGAUAUUUGGGUGGUUUGAAUCCAAUCGUUUUGGGAAGAAGCACUCAUUUGGUUUUGUUGUGUGAUUGAGGGUCUCUGUAUAUUGUUCUACAUUCAAUGGGGAGGUCAGGAAGAAAGAAGAAGAAAAGUGCAAGCACACGGCCAGUAAGGAGGGGAAGCUCAGUAGCAAGCAAGGGAGAGAGUGAUGGAACAGCAGUUUCUAUCAAGAAAGCCCAAGAUUUGAAAAACCAAGGCAACGCAAAUUUUCAGAACAAGAGGUAUGUGGAAGCCAUGGAGCUAUAUGCCAAGGCUCUCAAGCUUGUGUCCCCCGACCACAGUGAGAGUGCUUUUUUGCAUAGCAAUAGAGCAGUUUGUUUGAUGAACAUAGAGCCUGUGGACUAUAAGGGGGUUGUUGAGGAGUGUAGUUUGGCUUUGGCUACCAGUCCUCAUUACAAAAAGGCUCGUUUGAGAAGGGCCAAGGCCUAUGAAGCUUUGGGGAAGGUAGAUAUGGCUUUGCAAGACGUGGAGGCUCUUCUCCAGGCAGAACCCAAUGAUAUGGAUGCUCUGGACAUUGCACAGAGGCUGACAACAAAUGUAAAAGAGGGGGAGGAAGAAGAAGAAGAAGGAAAAAAAGCUCUGGACAUUGCACAGAGGCUGACAACAAAUGUAAAAGAGGGGGAGGAGGAAGAAGAAGAAGAAGGAAAAAAAGAUAAUGAUGCAGCAGCAGCAUUGGAGGAGGUUGAAAGUAGAGCGGUGAAGUUGGUAUAUCAUGAUGAUAUCAGGCUUGCGCAGAUGCCAUUAAAUUGCAGGCUGUCGGAGGUGAGGGAAAUUGUGAGAGAGAGGUACCCAAGUUCUAGGGCCGUUCUGAUCAAAUACAAGGAUUCAGAGGGCGAUCUUGUAACUAUUACAAAUACCCAAGAACUUAGAUUGGCUGAAAAGGUUGGGGAUUCAAGUGAAUACUUGAGGUUGUAUGUGGUUGAGGUUGACCCAAAUCAGGAGCCCUUGUUUGAGGAUGCUAACUACUGCAAAGAUGAUAGGGUGAAGAUGAACGGGAACGGGGUCAAAGGGGGUAUUGCCGGCAGUGAAGUGGAAUUGGACAAGUGGAUAUAUGGAUUUGCGCAGUUGUUUAGGACACAUCUUGGUAUAGACCCAGAAGCACACAUGGAUUUGCAAAUAAUGGGUAUGGAAUUCUGUUCAGAGGCUUUGGGAGAGGCUGCAACAAGUGAAGAUGCCCAACGUUUGUUUCAGAUGGCAGCAAGCAAGUUUCAGGAGAUUGCAGCUGUGGCCUUGUUUAAUUGGGGUAAUGUCCACAUGUGUACAGCGACGAAGAAGAUUCAUCUGGAAGAAAAUUCUUCGAAGGAAGAGAUCAUGACUCAACUUCAAGCUGCUUAUGAUUGGGCCCAGGGGGAAUAUACUAAAGCAGGGCAGAAAUAUGAGGAAGCUUUGAGGAUAAAGCCAGACUUCUAUGAAGGCCUCCUUGCAUUGGCACGGCAGCAUUACGAGAGUGGCAGACUUGGUUGCUCCCUGGCUCUUGCUACUAAUAUUGAGUUAGAGGAAUGGGACGCUUCAGAAACACUCCAUCUUUUCAGUAUCGCAGAGGAGAAGAUGCAGAUGGGCAUUGAAAUGUGGGAGAGAUUGGAAGAGCAGCAUCUGCAGGCCUUAAAGAAUCCUCUUCCAAGCAUAGAAUUGUCAAAGAAAAGUAGCUUCUCUAAUGGCUUCAAGGAGGAGGUGCUAUCAGCUGAUGAUGUUGCAGAAAGCGCUGUUGAAAUGAGGUCCGAGAUCAAUCGAUUCUGGGGGAACAUGCUUUUUGAUCAUUCGGAUGUUGAGUUCAAAUUGGGAUUGCCGAUGUGGGAAGAACAUUUGGAAGCUGCCGUUGAGAAAUUUAAGUAUGCGGGAACAUCUCCAACAGACAUUGCCGUACUGCUGAAGAACCAUUCAUCCAAUGCAAUCAAUCAAGAAGGUUUAGGUUUCAAGAUCGAUGAGAUAGUCCGUGCAUGGAACGAGAUGUGCGAGGCCAAAAGGUUGCGUAAUAAGAACACCUCAUUUAGACUAGAGCCUUUGUUCUGGAGAAAGGUACCAAGAUUGCAUCAAAUACUGGAACAUGUACCGACUAUGUGGCAUGGAAUGGGUUGAUAUCAUAUCCAUGUCAUUCAUUGUAAAAUGGUUUCAAUUGAUUUCAGGCUAUUAAUGUGCCUCCAUUAGGUACAAGUGAGUUGUGAAGUUGUGAAAUGUAGGUACGCAGAUAUAUUUUUCUUCAAGUCUGGUUUGAGUAGAUUCAGUUGGUUUUGUGGAAAUUUGAAUUAUUAAAGUGGGCGAGAAUAGAAAUUAUGCGUUUUUUUUGUAAGCAAGAAUGGUAUACCCUCCUUCCUCUCCAUUUUUUAUUGAAUUUGGGAUAUGGAACAUGUCAUAAUCCCUUAUAAUUAUCAUAAAGAAUGCUGAAACUUGUAUUAGAAUGAUGGAGCAAUUUUCUCAAAAAUUGUAAUUGUAGAUGCAAAGGCAAUUUCUUUUCAGUAAAGAACUGUAUUUUUUUUUUCUGCUC